GAUCCCUCGACAACUGUGUGAAGCGCCGGGCUGGCUCGGUGCUCGUCUUCUUCUGCCUGGUUUGUUGUGUGGCGGGCUCCUGGCUCCACGCCGCUGGUCCUCCCUGGGCUGUGAGUGAGUCUUCUGCCCGGUCAUCUCCUCUCCUUUCCUGCAGUCAUGGCCGACGCCUCCGAGAAGCUUUACCGGGCCGAGUACGCCAAGAGCAGCCGGGCCUCCUGCAAGAAGUGCGGGGACAACAUCUCCAAGGAGUCGCUGCGGCUCGCCAUCAUGGUGCAGUCUCCCAUGUUUGAUGGGAAGGUCCCGCACUGGCACCACUACCUCUGCUUCUGGAAGCGGGCGCGGGUCUUAUCUCAGGCGCAAAUCGAUGGCUUCACCGAGCUGCGCUGGGAGGACCAGGAGAAGAUCAAGAAGGCAAUUGAGACCGGGGGAGCUGCAGGCGGACCUGGAGGUGAUGGCAAAGGCGGUAAAGCGAAUAUGACACUGAAUGAUUUUGCAGCUGAAUAUGCAAAGUCCAACAGAAGCACCUGCAAAGGCUGCGAGGAGAAGAUAGAGAAGGGUCAGGUCAGGUUAUCUAAGAAGAGCCUGGAUGUGGAGCGCCCUCAGCUGGGCAUGAUCGACCGCUGGUAUCACCCGGACUGUUUUGUGAGCCGCAGGGAGGAGCUCGGGUUCCUCUCUAUCUACAGCUCCAGCCAGAUGAAGGGCUUCAGCAUCCUCAGUGCCGAAGACAAGGAGACGCUGAAAGCCAAGCUCCCGGCAGUGAAGUCUGAGGCCGGGAAAAGAAAAGGAGAUGAGCUGGACGGAUCUGCGGCUUCCAAAAAGAAAUUAAAGAAGGAGAAGGAAAAGGAAUCAAAACUUGAGAAAUUGCUCAAGGAGCAGACAGAGCUUAUCUGGAGCAUAAAGGAUGAGCUGAAGAAGGUUUGCAGCACCAACGACCUGAAGGAGCUGCUUAUCGCCAAUAAACAGCAGGUCCCAUCCGGGGAGACGAAUAUCCUGGACCGGGUGGCGGACGGCAUGGCGUUUGGUGCUUUGCUUCCUUGUGAGGAAUGUAAGGGACAGUUUGUGUUCAAGACCGAUGACUACUACUGUACAGGAGAUAUCAGCGCCUGGACCAAAUGUGUUGCUAAAACACAGACUCCUGACAGAAAGGACUGGGUGACACCUAAGGAGUUCCAUGAGGUUCCUUAUUUGAAGAAGUUCAAGUUUAAGAGACAGGACCGCGCCUUCCCUCCUGCGGCCCCCCUCCCGGUCUCUGCUCCUGUCUCUACCGCCCCGGCUGUUAAAGAGGAGCCCUUACCUGAAGGUAAACCGUUGACCAAAAUGGUGAUUCUGGUACUGGGCAAACUGUCCAAGAACAAAGAAGAGAUAAGGGCUCUGAUAGAAGAGCUGGGCGGAAAGACGACCGGAUCUGUGAAUAAAGCCACGGUCUGCAUCAGCACCCAGAAGGAGGUGGAGAAGAUGAAUAAGAAGAUGGAAGAAGUAAAAGCUGCCAACGUGCGAGUGGUGAGCGAGAAUUUCCUUAAGGAAGUGCAGUCUGGGAAGAGCAUCCAGGAACUACUGACCCAGCACGGGAUAUCUACCUGGGGGGCAGAGGUGAAGAUGGAAGUGGAAGCCAAGCCAAAACCCAAGUCCAGCACAGGAAAGAGCGCGGGGAAAGUUAAGGAGGAGCAGGGGGGCAGCAAAUCCGAGAAAAAAAUGAAACUGACUGUCAAAGGAGGAGCAGCUGUCGACCCCGAUUCCGGGCUGGAAAAUUCAUCUCACGUGCUGGAGAAGAGCGGCAAGAUCUUCAGCGCCACUCUCGGCCUGGUAGAUAUAACCCGAGGGACCAACUCUUACUACAAACUGCAGCUAAUUGAACACGACAGAGACUCCAGGUACUGGGUCUUCCGUUCCUGGGGUCGCGUAGGAACGGUUAUCGGCAGUAAUAAACUGGAAGAAAUGACCUCCAAAGAAGAAGCCAUUGACCAUUUCUUGAACCUGUACCAAGAAAAGACGGGCAAUGCUUGGCAUUCGACAAAUUUCACAAAGUACCCCAACAAGUUCUACCCCCUGGAGAUUGACUACGGGCAGGAGGAAGAUGUUGUGAAGAAGCUCUCCGAAGGAGCCGGUACGAAAUCCAAACUCCCCAAGGCUGUGCAGGAGCUCAUCAAGAUGAUAUUUGAUGUGGAGAGCAUGAAGAAGGCCAUGGUGGAGUUUGAGAUUGAUCUCCAGAAGAUGCCAUUGGGCAAACUUAGCAAGCGGCAGAUUCAGAGCGCCUAUUCCAUUCUGAACGAAGUGCAGCAGGCUGUAUCUGACAGUGGCACCGAAGCCAAACUCCUGGAUCUGUCCAAUCGCUUCUACACAUUAAUACCACAUGACUUUGGAAUGAAAAAGCCGCCUCUUCUGGACAAUGAGGACUACAUCCAGGCUAAGGUGCAGAUGUUGGACAAUCUGCUGGACAUCGAAGUGGCGUACAGUCUCUUACGAGGCGGCACGGACGACUCCGAGAAAGAUCCAAUCGAUGUGAAAUAUGAAAAGAUCAAAACUGACAUCCAGGUGGUUGACAAGAACUCGGAGGAGGCCAAGAUAAUUCAUCAGUAUGUGAAGAACACGCACGCUGAGACCCACAAUGCAUAUGACCUGGAGGUUCUGGAUAUUUUCAAGAUUGCGCGAGAAGGAGAGAGGCAGCGGUACAAGCCAUUCCGGCAGCUCCACAACCGCCAGCUGCUGUGGCACGGGUCCCGCGCCACAAACUUUGCUGGAAUCUUAUCCCAGGGUCUCCGAAUCGCUCCACCUGAAGCACCUGUUACCGGUUACAUGUUUGGUAAAGGUAUCUACUUUGCCGACAUGGUGUCUAAAAGUGCAAACUACUGUCAUACAAUGCCUGGUAAUCCGAUAGGCCUGAUUCUGCUGGGAGAAGUCGCUCUCGGAAACAUGCAUGAAUUAAAAGCUGCUGCUCACAUCGCGAAAGUACCUAAGGGUAAACACAGUGUGAAAGGUUUGGGUAGAACGGCCCCGGAUCCUGCUGCCACCGUACAGCUGGAGGGCGUGGACGUUCCUUUGGGGAAGGGCGUUUCCACCAACGUCCCGGACACCAGUCUGCUCUAUAACGAAUAUAUUGUUUACGACAUUGCCCAAGUCAAUCUGAAGUAUCUGCUGAAGCUGAAAUUCAACUAUAAAGGGGGGAUGAUGUGGUGAUGAUCCCGCUGCCCACCUCGACCUUUUGUGGAUAUUCUAAACCUUUAGACCUAGUACUGACAUAUAAAGGGUCCUCCCGUGCAGAUCUCACUUACAUAUAUUCCUACACUGGCCAGCAGGGGGCGAUACAACAAACACGCACUGAUACCUUGGUAUGUCCCGUCUGCUUCCUGGCUUCAGGUUGUUGUAUAGUCGGAACGAUUAUCCUGUCAAAUAGCCGAUGGGGAAGCUUCCCAGAGGUGACGGGUAGACCCCUCCUCAGAUGCAACCCACCGCCCCAGUUGAAUAAGUCUCUAAAGCCUCCUGCGCGCGAACGUGUGCUGCCCGUUGCCGUAUUGCAGGACCGCAUUUGCAAUACACGGGCGCCGUUCC